AUAACCCAAGAACAAGGAUCAAAUAUGGAUAGCAUAUAUGAAAUCAAAGGAAGAAAAAAUGGGUUUCUAAUUGAUUUUAUGAACAAUAGAUCAGACAUCAAACACAGUCAAGAUUAAACCCACAAGAGAUUCUUACACUGGAAUCCUGAAAAUCGAAGAAUAUGGGUCUUCUUUGCUCGAUUCAGUGCGUUUAAAUUCAAUAAAUUGAAGGAGAGAUCUAACCAAGAAUUACCUGUUUGUUUUUGGUGGAGAUUGAGUGUCAUAGCCAUUGCAAAUCAAGCUCGAAAUUGUAACUCCUGUGACGUUUAGUUGAAUUGAGGGCUCUGUUUUCUCUCCUCUUCCAUAUGGAGGAGAAUGAGCAAUCACAGUAUAAGAAAGUUAGUGGAGUUAAUCAAGGAAUUAGGAAGACAGCAAAUCAAGCAAAAUCAGUGCAGCAGGACAAUGGCUAUGCUAUAUCAGUCAAGUAAUAUUUACAUUCCAUAUUUGUGUACAUAAUUAUAGGCACCAGAUAUGUUUCUGCAUUUGUAUAUAUAUCAAUUUCUUGUACAGAAUGAAUCAAGGGAAUACAAUUGAGUAUUUUCC